AUGUUGUCCUCUUGGUUACUGAACAGUUCACUGUACUCCAUCCAUUAUGCCUCUACUGCAAAAACACAAUCAGGAUCUCCAGCCUUUGACCACACCACCGACGUCCUGGUGGUUGGUUCGGGUGCCGCAGGACUCACAGCUGCCCUUCGCAGUCGCUUUCGCGGCCUUGACACACUAGUCAUUGAAAAGUCGGACAAGUUCGGAGGAACGUCAAGCUACUCGGGCAGUUCGGUUUGGAUCCCUAAUAACCAUCUCCAACCACAACAUGGAAUUGUAGAUUCGCUAGAGGCCGGGGCAACGUACAUUGACGCUCUUGUCAAGGAUGCAGGCCCGGCGAGCAGCCCAGAGAGACGAGCUGCCUACCUCCAACAGAGUCCCCAAAUGGCAAAGUUCCUCGAGGAGCAGGGUUUCAGGUGGAUUAUUGACGCCCCCUACCCGGACUAUCACUCUCUGGAGCCCGGAGCCUGCACAUCGAGCAGAAGCAUUACUGCCGCCCGGUUCGAUCUUAACGAGCUGAGGCCAGAAUUGCGGAAGUUAUUACGCACACCUGCCGAUUGGCAGCCAGUCAUGUCUUCAGUCGAAGCUCGAAACUUGUUCCGCAUGGGGUCCAGUCUGGGCACCUUCGCCAAGGCCGUCAGAGUGGCCGUCUUUAGAACACUUUGGGAUAUGGUGCGUGGCAGGAAGCCAUCGGUAAUGGGUGUCAGCCUCAUCGCCCAACUGCUCAAUCUCAAUGUUCGAGCUGGGAGCCAGCUCUGGCUAGAUUCUGGUUUGGCCGACCUCAUCACGAACAACGCCGGCGAGGUCCUCGGGGCUACUGUGCAGAAAGACGGCAGAAGCAUCAGAAUCCGGGCGCAAAGAGGCGUCAUGCUUGCUGCUGGCGGCUUUGCCCGAAAUCCUACCAUGAGAAAGCAAUAUCUACGCCAACCUACCAACGAGACGUGGUCCGUUACCGCCCAGGCAGAUACAGGCGACGCUAUUACUGCUGGCAUCAACAUUGGUGCGGAAGUAGCUCUUAUGCAGUACGGCUGGUGGAUGCCCUGUCUCUUCGAUAAUGGAAAACCAGCCAUGGAUGUCUACGCCCGCUCAUUCCCUCACUCAAUCAUUGUUGACCAGUCGGGAAGGCGAUACUUUAACGAGUCAAAGUGCUACGUCGAUUCCGGCAACGAGAUGCUAUCGAGGAACAGUGACAGCCCCGCAAUACACUCUUGGCUUAUUAUAGAUAGCCGCCAUCGCAAAAAGUAUAUGCUGGGUCGCCUUCUGCCCGGUAUUACGCCUAAGUCAGCUAUCAACAGCGGGUUCCUACAUAAAGCCGCGUCUCUAAGCGAUCUCGCAACGCAGAUUGGCGUCAACGAAGACCAGCUGAAACAAACAGUGAAGCGCUUCAAUGGCUUCGCAGAGAGUGGGGUUGACAAAGACUUCCGCCGCGGGGAGAACCCAUACGACAAUGUUUUCAGUGAUCCAAAGUACAAGCCUAACCCGAACUUAGGGACCAUCGCAAAACCUCCCUACUACGCGGUAAAGAUAUAUCCUGGAGACAUUGGCACCAAAGGCGGUUUACUCACUGAUGAAUAUGGUCGAGUUGUGAAUAAAGAGGGGAACUUUAUCAAGGGCCUUUAUGCAGCUGGAAAUACCACAGCUAGUGUGUUUGGCUCCAAGUACCCUGGUCCCGGCGGAACACUUGGGCCUGCCAUGACUUUCGGUUAUAUAGCUGCGGAGCAGAUGUAG